UAUCUGUGUGACGAAGCAGACACUAUCCGAAGCAAGCAAGUGCGGAAGGAGGGACAUCAGGCAUGGCGAUGUCUCUGGCUCAGCAAUUCGCCGGCCUCCGCUGCUGCUCUCCUCUCUCUUCGUCACCUCUUUCCAAGCCUCUCUCUUCCCCCACUACCCAUAAGCGCAAUCCCCUUCCCAUCGUCGCCUCCGUCGCAAUCUCUAAUGCGCAGACCAAAGAGAGGGAAAAGCUCAAACAGCUCUUCGAAGAAGCCUACGAGCGCUGUCGAACUGCCCCCAUGGAAGGCGUUUCCUUCACCGUCGAAGAGUUCAACGCCGCCCUUGAUAAGUAUGACUUCGAUUCUGAAAUUGGCACCAAGGUUAAAGGCACUGUUUUCAAUGUAGAUGCUAAUGGAGCUCUUGUUGACAUUACUGCAAAGUCGUCGGCAUACUUGCCUCUCCAAGAGGCAUGCAUCCACAGAAUUAAACAUGUACAAGAAGCAGGCAUAGUUCCUGGCUUGACAGAAGAGUUUGUAAUCAUCGGUGAAAAUGAAGCUGACGACAGCUUGAUCUUGAGUUUAAGGAGUCUCCAAUAUGACCUUGCAUGGGAACGCUGUAGGCAACUUCAAGCAGAAGAUGUUGUUGUCAAGGGUAAGAUUGUCGGUGCAAACAAAGGUGGAGUUGUGGCUUUGGUUGAAGGCCUGAGAGGGUUUGUUCCUUUCUCACAAAUAUCAUCGAAAUCAACUGCAGAAGAGCUUCUUGAGAAGGAGCUUCCUCUGAAGUUUGUGGAGGUGGAUGAGGAACAGUCUAGACUUAUUCUCAGUAACCGCAAGGCCAUGGCUGACAGCCAGGCACAGCUAGGAAUUGGAUCAGUGGUCACUGGCUCUGUUCAAAGCCUAAAGCCUUAUGGUGCCUUCAUUGACAUUGGUGGAAUCAAUGGCCUACUUCAUGUCAGUCAGAUCAGUCAUGAUCGUGUAACUGAUAUCUCAACUGUUCUUCAACCUGGUGAUACUCUCAAGGUAAUGAUCUUAAGUCAUGAUCGGGAGAGAGGUCGAGUAAGCCUUUCUACAAAGAAGUUAGAACCCACACCUGGAGACAUGAUUCGCAACCCAAAGCUUGUCUUUGAGAAGGCUGAGGAGAUGGCUCAGACAUUUAGACAGAGAAUAGCCCAAGCUGAAGCUAUGGCUCGUGCAGACAUGCUUAGAUUCCAGCCUGAGAGUGGAUUAACUCUCAGCAGUGAUGGGAUAUUGGGGCCGCUUACUUCAGACCUGCCUGCAGAGGGAUUGGAUCUGAGUGAAGUACCCCCAGCCGACGAAUCAGAAUCAGAAUAAGAACUUCCUUUCCUUUUUACUCUUUAUCUUAUGCUUUGUAAGUUGUAACUAGAAUUUAUUGUAUCAAGUGAGAAGAUGUCAUUGUAUUGUAAUUUCAUAAUAUACGCAACUAUAAUUAUGAAUUGUGAGGCUUUGCCAUUCAA